UUCACAGUGCUUAAAUUUUUUUUGAAUUCUGAUGGUCUUCUCAAAAAAAUUGAAUUUCCUGUAUAUAACAACAAACUCCUAACCGCAAUAAUUAAGGUCUUAACUAUGGUGAGUAGAAGUGAAAAAUAAUGAUUACAUCAACAGAUGGUGGUGUAACUAUAUUCAGAAGGUUAUAUAUUGUUCAAUUGAAAAUUUUUCAUAUAUAGACAUACCUUUUUUUCAUUCUAGGUUUUUCAAUUGUUGUCCGUAUUGUUUACUAUUCUUUGGUUAGUACUGGUAAAUUAUUGUCAAUAAGGAGAAAACGAAUCAAUCAUUCUAAGUAACUAUGUACUCAUUUGGUAGAUCUUUCAAACAAGGUAGUUUAAGAGCUACCUGGGGUAAUAUUACCAGUAAGAGACUUUUACAAACUUCUGGUAAGAGAAUUCCUUCUCCUCCUCCUCCAUUACAAUCUAGUUUCAUUCCAAGAAGUCCUAUCACUUGGGCCAUUGGUUUUGUGGGUUUAGCUGUUGGUGGUUAUUACUAUUUAGAUGCUAGAUCAGCAUUACAUGAAUAUAUCAUUUGUCCUAUCUUUAGAGCUACCACUUCUGCUGAACAAGGUCAUAAAUUAGGGAUCCUUUUUAUGAAAUAUAACUUAACCCCUCGUUUAUUAGAUGAUGAUAUUAAUAAUCCUGAUGAUAUCUUAGGAGUUGAUGUAUUUGGUUCUCAUUUAAGAAAUCCAAUUGGUUUAGCUGCUGGUUUAGAUAAAGAUGGUGAAGCCAUUGAAGCUUUAUUUAAUAGUGGAUUUUCAUAUGUUGAAGUUGGUUCAAUUACUCCUUUACCUCAACCUGGUAAUCCACAACCUCGUUUCUUUAGAUUACCAAGAGAUGAUGCUGUUAUAAAUAGAUAUGGAUUCAAUUCUACUGGUCAUUUCAAUGUUAUAAGUAAUUUAAAAUUAAGAUUCAAUCGUUUAUUUGAAUCAAUUGCUAAUCCUCAUUCCAUGGCUUUUAGAGAAGGGAAAUUAUUAGGUAUCAAUUUAGGUAAAAAUAAAUUAGGGGAUGAAAUUGAAGAUUAUGUUGCCGGUGUUGAAAGAUUAAGUCCUUAUGCUGAUGUUUUAAUUAUUAAUGUUUCAUCUCCAAAUACUCCAGGUUUAAGAGAUUUACAACUGGAAUCAAAAUUAACUAAUUUAUUAACUACUGUCGUAAGUAAAAGAAUACCUAAUUUAUUAGGAAGAUUACCUCCAAUCUUAGUUAAAGUUGCUCCUGAUUUAACUGAACCUGAAUUAGAAUCAAUUGCUAAUAGUGCUAAACAAUCAAAAGUUGAUGGAAUUAUUAUUUCAAAUACUACUAUUCAAAGACCAAAAGAUAAACUUUUAACUACUGAUGAAGAUUUAAUUAAUGAAACUGGUGGUCUUUCAGGAAAACCAUUAAAACCAUAUUCCUUAAAAGCUUUAAGAACUUUAAGAAAAUAUACCAAAGAUUCUAAUUUAGUCUUAAUUGGUUGUGGAGGUAUCUCCAAUGGUAAAGAUGCUUUAGAAUUCGGUAAAGCUGGUGCUACGUUCAUUCAAUUAUAUACUGCUUUCGCUUAUAAAGGACCAGGAUUACCAGGGAAGAUCAGAGAUGAGUUGGUUGGCUUAUUAAAGCAAGAAGGUAAGACUUGGCAAGAUAUCAUUGGUGAAGAUGAUAAAUAAGUCUAAGUCGUCUUUUUGAAUUCGUUAUGUAUUGAUGUUUGGAUGUUUUGUGUUUAUCUUUUUAAUUUUUUAUAGUAUCGCGUAAAUCUUAAAAAA